AGCGGAGACUUGCAGGCCCAGCUGGCGAAACAAACCACCCCGGGUGGUCGUGGAGUUUACGUGUGUGACCGUGGCCUGGACUCCACGAGACGAGACGUGCCCCACUCGACAACCCAGAGACCCUCCUUUUUUAUUCGCUCUCCUUUCCUCUCCCCACCUUCUCCCCAAAUUCUCACCUUUCCUCUCCCUCGGUCGUCGCCUUCGCCUCCCGGGAAAUCGCCUGCCGCCUCGUCUCCUAGAAACUCUCCGCCGCCGUCCGCUGCCAUGAAUCCUGAAUAUGACUACCUCUUCAAGCUGCUGCUCAUUGGGGACUCGGGCGUGGGGAAGUCCUGCCUGCUGCUGAGGUUUGCGGAUGAUUCAUAUCUGGAGAGCUAUAUCAGUACUAUUGGUGUUGACUUCAAAAUCCGCACCGUUGAGCAAGAUGGGAAGACGAUAAAGCUGCAAAUUUGGGAUACUGCUGGCCAAGAGCGAUUUAGGACCAUCACAAGCAGCUACUACCGCGGUGCCCAUGGCAUCAUUGUUGUGUAUGAUGUGACUGACCAGGAGAGCUUCAACAACGUCAAACAGUGGCUUAAUGAAAUCGACAGGUACGCUAGUGAAAAUGUGAACAAGCUUUUGGUGGGGAACAAGUGCGAUCUAGCUGAGAGCAGAGUGGUUUCUUACGAGGCUGGCAAGGCCCUUGCCGAUGAGAUUGGAAUACCAUUCCUGGAAACCAGUGCCAAGGAUGCAACAAAUGUGGAAAAGGCAUUUAUGACCAUGGCCGCAGAGAUAAAGAACAGGAUGGCAAGCCAGCCGGCUGGAAAUGCCAGCAAGCCUGCCACCGUGCAAAUGCGGGGUCAGCCUGUUGCUCAGCAGAACGGAUGCUGCUCGUCUUGAUCAACACUCAAAGAUCACAGUAGUGUUCUUGCAAAACUCAAUUGGUUGUUCUUCCCCUGUAAAUUAAGUGUACUACUAUCAUGCCGUCUGUUGGAAGAAGUGUCAUGUCCCCUAACUACAACAGUGCAGCAGAUGCUGUGGCCUGUUUUAGCUGACUGUUAAUAUUGCUAUUUUAAUGUGUGUCGUUUACUAUUCA